GUAAUAAAAGGACAAGUUUAGAAUACCCAAACUUCAGUCUCCUUAUCAACGUUUAUUUUUCUUUAAUUUAUUCUAAACAAAAAAGUCCAAUCAGAAGCUACCUAAACGCAAAAAAAACAACAACAAGAGAAUAAAGAUUAAGCACACAAAACCCACUUAGAUAAAAAAAAAAGAAAAAAACAAAAAACGAAUGACUUGGAAUUAACCUGUCUAGCGGUCUGUGGCAACUUCUCCUCCUCUUGGCUCAGUAAUGUUUACAUUUUGAUGCGAGACAAAACUUUCGUGAAUUUCUUCCCUGAAAACAAAGACAAUCCAAGGAAUACAGACGUCUGUAGACUGCUAUAGAGUCCCGAAGACCCUAUAGAAGCAGAAAGAAGCAGAAGAAGAAGAAGGAGGAGAAUGUCCUAAAGGAAACGGCAUAAACUGACACUUGACUUCCCCCUCGCAACAUGCAUAACCAGACCUGCUCUAAGAAGUGUUGUUGAUAAUUGCAAGAUUGAUUGAUCCUUGUUGCAGGUAUCGAGGUGAAACGGGUUUUGAAAAGAGGACCAAACAUUCAGAGCUCAUGGUGACAGGUGACUAAGUAUCCAUACUUGGGAAAUUAUGUAAAUGCUCAGUAUUAGAAGAUAGUUCAGAACAGAAGAAACAAGAUGGGAGCCAUUCAUGGGAAAGGACGCUUCAAAUGCCAAGGAUGUCAGAAACCAUUUUCUUGGCGGUUAGAUCUGGCGGAACAUAGCAAGACCUGUAAAGGCAGCAGCUCGAGGAAGGGAUGGGAGGCUCAGGCUGAACAGUUUCUGCUUGAGGCCUGUUUCCUCUGUGGCUGCCAACUGUCGGGGAUUCUGUCAGAGGAGGCUUCCUUCAUCAGGGGAAAGCAAAGACUUUACCAUUUCAAAAAGUCUUUGAUUGAGGUUCUAGAGAUGAUUACUCGUGAUUCUGCAGUGUCCUCUCUUACUCAUCACACAAUUGGUCUGUGUAAAAUCUGCAUGAACUCUGUGAACAGAUGGGACGAAACUCAGCAGCAACUUCAGACCAUUGCAAAGUCACUGCGUAGUUCGUACAGAUCGAUACAAAGGAAACCUGGAAUGAAGAAGUAUAGGAGGAAGAAUAUCUCAGAGAGAAGAGAAAUAGAGGAACUGAUUGAUGAAGGUGAGAGUGAAUGCAAUGAAGAGGAUGAAGGGAACGAGGGGAGCGAAAGCAAAGGUCUGACGGAACAGAUAAAACAGGAAAAGCAGACAGAUUUUCCGCAGCCGGCAGAGAGAUUUGACGAGUGCGAGAAGAAGGAAUAUGCUUGCGAAUGUGGGAAGACUAUACGUGGCCUCAACACCUUCGUCGAACAUCAGCUACGGGAGGGAUGUAAGACAAAAACCAGUCAGUAUCCCUGCAAAUACUGUGGCUUAGUGUUCUCGGAAAAGAAGCUGCUGAUUGUACACAAAAAGGCCUGUGUUGAGACCUCGCUGAUCAAUGGUGCACAUGAGUGCGACAUUUGCGGGAGGCGGUUUUUGGUGCGCGGACGUGUAGAAACCCACAAAAGAAAUGUUCACAGUAUUGGAACGGCUGAUCAGCAACUCUGCAGUUAUUGUGGAAGAACAUUUGGUUCCAGCUAUAACAUGAAGAACCAUUUAGCAAGAGAGCAUGGGAUUGGUCAGAUUGAAAUGGUUGUGUGUGAACUCUGCGGGGGGAAGUUCUCCGACCGCUCCAGCCUGCGCAACCACAUGAAGAACAUCCACGGAGAGCGCAAGUAUGAAUGUGAAACCUGCGGGAAAAAGUUUGCCACCCCGGGAAUGCGCAACCACCACAUGAACGAGAUGCAUAACAACACCUACAAUUACGAGUGCAGCAUCUGCGGCGAACAGUUCAAUGUCAGCUUUAAAUAUAGGUAUCACAUGCGUAAGAUGCAUAACACUCUCCAGUAUUCGUGUGAUGAUUGCGGUCGAACGUUUAUCAUGAGGAGUGAUCUGUAUCGUCAUGUUAGAGGUGUCCACAUGGGAAUACGUGACCCGAAGCGAUAUCCGUGCAAAGUGUGUGGAAGGCUGUUCCCCAGCAUGUACAAGGUCAAGAGGCACAUGAGCAGUCACGGAUACUUGUCCUCGAAAGCCGACAAGAACAUCCUGGAGCAGCACGUUCCCGAGAUUGAUCCGACGGCCAGCGCACUGACGGCCAACGACUCUGCUGCAGCGACGGUGCUAGCGGAGGCCGUGGCCGAGAACAGCGAUGGCACCAGCAUUGAUGUGCACCAGCUACAAGUGCCGGAAAUUUACGCGGCACCUCACAUAACAACACUGACACCGGAAAUCCUGCAAGGAGGACCAGACAUGGUGGAAGCCGAGACGAUGGUGGUUGGCUCCAUGUCCAGCAUCGUAGUGUCGGCAUCGUCGAUAUCGGACAGCAUCACGGCCGAGCUGCAGCACCCCCUGCACGAUCACCAGCACACGCGCCGCGACCCCCACCAGCAGGACCAGCACCAACAGCAGCAGCAGGACCAGCAGUUCCGCCGUGGGAACAGUGCCGUACUACAGCAGUCCCUGGCGCAGACCAUCAUGCCCAUGCACCAGAUGAUCGUGAUCCAGGAUUCCGUCAGUGUGCCAGGCCACGCGGACUUUACCGUGGCACCUUCGAGUAGUCAGGUCAUCUCGGCUUCUCCGGCUGCCAACCAAGUCAUCUCGGUGUCACAGUCUGGAGGAAAUCAAGUCAUUUCAGUCCCUCAGUCCGGGAGCCAGGUCAUCUCCGUCCCGCAGUCAUCAAAUCAGGUCAUAUCGGUUCCCUCUGAGUCUGGACAGGUUAUUUCCAUACCUCAGUCUAGUGGACAGGUGAUCACGGUUCCGUCUGUGAGCAGCCAAGUCAUUUCUGUUCCCUCUGUUAAUUCUCAGGUCAUUACUGGGUCACUUCACACCUCACAGGGGGCCUUCACUCUGCCACUAACCCAACAAUCUACGCAAAUUCACAACCAGCAAAAAUUACCGACUAUUCAUUAUCAAUAUUUUCCAUCGUAAUGUUUACUAUUUUAUGUAUGAUGUUAUAAUAUAGCAUAACUUUGCCUCUU